GUUGAGGUUAGCUCUCCAACCCCCAACGAGCGAUAAUUUCCCAAUUGCAAGCAAGAAAGCCACUUUAAGCCAUAUCGCCAUUAAAAUCGACAGAGAGGCAGCGAAACCAACAGCACCGAUAUCUCUCUCUUAUAUCCUUCGUUCCAUUUUCUUGCAAAGCGCAUCCGGAUUAGAACGUGUUCGAUAUUUUUCCCUUUUGACGAGGUUACUUCUACUUCAGAUCUGGGCAAGAUGAAGAUCACCGUCGUUUCUCGCAGCGGCAGAGAAAUAAUCAAGGGCGGAAUCGAGCUCGAUGCUUCGGCGACUGUGAGCGAUCUGCAGCUGGCGAUUCACUCACGGAUCAAAAAGCUCUAUCCUGCUCGGCAGCGGCUUACCCUCCCUUUACAGACUGGAGAACAUAAAAAACCUGUUGCACUCAAUUCUGCAAAGGGCCUUUCAGAUUAUUUUGAUGGAAAUGCAAAAAGUGUCACAGUUGUUUUCAAGGAUUUGGGCCCACAAGUGUCAUAUAGAACACUCUUCUUUUGUGAAUAUUUGGGUCCUCUAGUCAUCUAUCCCAUCUUUUACUUCUUUCCAGUAUACAAAUAUUUUGGUUAUGAGGAAAAGCGAGUGAUCCAUCCUGUCCAGACCUAUGCCAUGUAUUACUGGUGCUUCCAUUACUUUAAACGCAUCAUGGAGACUUUCUUCAUCCAUAGAUUCAGCCAUGCUACUUCACCUCUCUCAAAUGUGUUCAGAAACUGUGCCUAUUACUGGACUUUUGGGACAUACAUUGCUUACUAUGUUAAUCACCCACUUUACACUCCUGUGAGCGAAUUACAGUGGAAGAUUGGUUUUGGUUUUGGCUUGCUCUGCCAAUUCUCAAACUUGUACUGCCAUAUUAUUUUGAAGAACCUCAGAAGUUCUGAUGGCAAUGGAGGUUAUCAAAUCCCUCGCGGUUUCUUGUUUAACAUUGUAACAUGUGCGAACUACACGACGGAGAUCUACCAGUGGGUUGGGUUCAAUGUUGCAACUCAAACGGUGGCUGGUUACUUGUUUCUUUUGGCUGCUACCAUUAUUAUGUCGAAUUGGGCCAUUGCGAAGCACCGCAGGCUGAAGAAGUUGUUUGAUGGAAAGGAAGGGAAAGCAAAAUAUCCGCGGCGAUGGGUGAUACUUCCUCCAUUUUUCUAAGCGGACUUAAUCUGCUGGUUAAUUAAUUACCCACUUUUCUAAGAAUGAACGUCUGUGUUGGUUAUUCAGUUGCUGUAUCUGCAAGAACAAACCAUCCUUUUCUUUUUGCGUUACUAUGUAUUUUAGCAGGUCUAAUCCUGCUAAUUAUCAUAUUUAAUGAAUCACGUAGCUGGCAUGUCAUGAUUA